CCCUUUUUCACAUUCAAGAACAGAGAAACUUUCACAGGAGAGAAAUUCAGAGAUGGAAAAAACACACUUCCAAGAACCCAAAUCCGCCGAAGCCUUCGACUCCGCCACCGCUACCCGCGGCCUCAACAACUGCACCGCGUGUGGCUGCUCCAUGAAGAGACGCUCCCCCUCUUCAACACCCUCUCUCCAAGAACCCAACCCCUCCUCCUGUUGGGGACUUAACACGCAGAAGCAAUACCUCUCCGCCAACAAAACCCUCGAUGGAUUCACCAAAAUCCCUCUCCCAAUCACAUCUCCCUUCACUUGGGCAACCCCCGAUUCCAACCCGACCCUGCAGCCCGCCCCCACUCUCCGCCGCUGCGUCUCGGACCCAGUCAGUUCUCCCGGAACGCCGUCGCCGGCCAAGGCCGGCUCCUCUGCUUCGGUCACUCUGCCAGUUGUCCCAGCUGUUUUUCGCCGAUCGUUCUCUGACCCGAGUCCUAAGGCCUAUCAGACGCCGCCUGACUCGGUUAAUCGACGGAGACCCAAAUCAAAGAGGAUGAAGAGAAUGAAGGAUGGGAUGAGAGAGAUGAGGCAGUGGUUGGAUGAAGUCAUGCGUGAAGGGGAAGAAGAAGAAGAAGGCGGUGGCUCUGAAUUUGAUGACAAGAAUGGCGCUCCCAAGGAUCAGGAGCCCGAGAAUGAAAGUGAAGAAGCUGUGAGUGUGGAGACAAGUGGGAAGGUGUUAAUCAUACACAUCAAGUGUCCCUGUGGCAAAGGCUUCAAAAUUCUCCUCUAUGGAAACAACUGUUAUUACAAAUUGCUGUAGUUAUCUUUGAAUAGAUGAUCAAGUGGUGGCUGUUCACAGAGUUGUAUUUGCUGAUUGUUUCUUUAGUGGAAUCGCCAGUGCUCUCCUUGGCUUAAUUAGUAUCUUCCUAACCGGUAAAAGUACCAUUUUGUUUUCCUGUGUUGUCCAAGAACAUUCCAAUUUCCACAUGAUUCAUUGACUCAAGAAAGAUUGCAGGAGAUUGUACCAUGUUAGAAGAUUGAACAUUCUUUGUGUGGAAUGUGGAUGAAUAAAAUCGUCUACUUUGGUCUUCUUUC